AAAUCUGUUCUUUUAUUACGCAAAAUCCAGUUUAAUCUUACUCUUUUAGAUAAUUGUAUCUUUGCGUAAUCAGAGGGGAGGAGCUCCAAGGUCGCGGGCAUUUAUAUAAUGGACCAUGGAUGAUGAAAUCCCUGAAUUUUCGGCCAAAAUAUUGCAAAAUGUCGGACUUUUGCUCUCGCAGUUGCGGUUAGAAAAAAAAAGGCCUGCGCGAAGGCGAUGGAAUUUGCUUGCGAUUUUGUCUACGUGUCGCCACCAGCGGCUCCAAAAGACAAUUCGCAGGUCUUCAAACGGUCAGCACUCCUGCCUCCCGUCAACUGGAUCCGUCCUGCCGCAGCACCUCCGCCUCCCCCAGUCAAGUCGGACGAGUCGUGCCCUAAAGUUGGGGAGUGGCCGGACAAGAGUAGACAGCAGGGAAUGGCGGGUUCCAGAUCUCACCACUAUGACAAUGCUUAUUUAGAGCAGCAAUCUUCCAAGCGGUUAAUACCCACCCGAAAGACAGCUUUGCUUCCACCCCACUUGACAUCUGCAUCAAAUAGCCGCUCCCCUUCUCCCAAUCAAACUGCUGACAAGUUUAUCUACGACAACGUGAGACCGGAGUCACUGGAAGGUCACAGCACGCCUGAUAUCCCAGACGGCACUGGACUCGAUGCGAAUUCGUCUGGCCACACGGCACCCUCGGCUCCACCUCUUCCUCCUCGUCCGAGCUUUUUGAAGAACAUGCCGGAGUACUUGGAUCUUCUGCCCGCAUCUUCAUCUCAUGAAGAAACAAUUAUAUGCCCGACUUCUGCACCGCCACCUCCAGCACCCGCAGACGAUUCGAGGCCUCUCCAAGGGAACCCCAACGUGAUUCUGGUCAGUUUGGGAAAGCUGCUGUUGGAGAAAGUGCAGUGCACACAAGGGAAACCCACCUCCUGCUCUCAGUGUGGAGCUGUGCUGUACUCCGCGUACGAUAACGCGAUCAAUGGGUGUUACUUCUGCGAGCAAGGCGCUCUGAGUGUCGGUUUGGAGCACGGCUUGUUCUUGCUCAGGCCCCCCAAAAAGCUCCUGAGCAAUUCCCAGCCUCUGCUCAUCUUCUGUAUCGACAUCUCUGCUUCAAUGAGCAUCACCUCUCAGGUGUCGACGGGAGAGCACUUCAUCCACAGAUCACGUUUGGAGUUUGUCCAGGAAGCUGUUUUACUCUGCGUGAAAAAAUUGAGCAGAAAACAGCCAGACACACCGGUCGGGCUCAUCACCUUCAACUAUGAGGUGACGGUACACGGCUACGGAGAUUUUCCGUCACUCGUCCUUCAAGCGGAUGAAUUAAUAGAUAGCGACAAUCUCAAGGCGGCCGCGUCCGCUUUCGCUACUCCGCCACCGCUGUCAAGCACCAAAGAUUUCCUGGAGCAGCAAGUCACGAGUUUAUCAGCAGAGGGCACCACAGCGCUUGGCCCGGCUGCUCUGGUCGCCAUCACCAUGGCGUCCAGACACCCCGGCUCCAAGGUAAUCAUCUGUACAGACGGCAAGGCCAACACGACGUUAGGGAAUCUAGAAGUGGAGGACAACGACGCGCGGACGCUCUUGUCGUCCACUAUUUUCUACCAGAAAUUGGGUGAACGUGCUGCUCAUCAGGGCGUAACCGUGUCAGUGCUCUCAAUCGAGGGAACCGACUGCCGAUUAGAUGAACUGGGACAACUUGCUGAUCGUACCGGAGGAAAAGUGGUGAUCGCAAAUCCCAGGAUGCUGCAAUCUGAAUUUGAGCAGAUCAUCGACAACAACACCAUAGCUACGCAAUGCACCGUCUCGUUGAUACUGCCCAAAUCACUGCGUAUGAGAGGAGAGAAAGAAGCGGGUCACAAAACAUGUAGAAAAGUGGGAAACGUGCACCCGGAUGAAGAGAUCACCUUCCAGUUCAUGGCCGACGAGGCUGAAGUGUUGUCGCCGGCGUUGGUCAGCACCGUGUCUAUCCAGCUCCAGCUAAGAUACACGCUGAAGAAUGGCCAGAGGAUGCUACAAGUCUUCACCGCAACCCGAAAUGUCACCAACGAAAGAUUGGUGGCGCUGUCCUGUCUGUCGCUGCCCAUCAUCCAGCUCAACUCCUCGCAGGCCAGCGCCGCCCUAGCCGUCCGAGGUCGAUUCCUGGAUGCCCGGCGGGAGAGCGAGCAGCAGAUGAAACUCAUCAAGAGAGUCGUAGAACACAACCGCAGCGCUGAGGACAGGCAGACGUACAAGGAGUGGGUCGACACUAUGGAGCCAUUAUACAACAACUUCCAUAACUUCACAAGGGCAAAGUCUGUCGUCUCCGACUCGCAGUCUUUGACGGACGCUGGCGCGGCGUUGCUGUACGCUAUGAAGCAGAGCAACAGGAAGACCAUCAUGAUAAAGAAUCAGCAGAACCUUCACUUUUCACCCCAUUGGAAGCAGUCCAAAGACUGAAAGGCAGACACGCAGAAAUUGCUGAUAAGGCACAUUCAUAGCAUUCAGCUAGUUCACAGUAUGUAUUGUUUAGAGGCUCGGAACGUUUGUGUUUUUGCACUAAGCCUAAACUGCAGGGAAGGCUGGCAGAAAUCGAUCUGUCAUGGUCAUGGACUAUGAUCCUUAAUACUUGUAUACAGAGUGGGUUCAGUAGCCAAAAAUUUUACUCGAGUAGCGUUACUUCAAAAGAAUAUUACUCAAGUAAAAAUAGUCAUCCAAAAAAUGUACUUAAGUACAAAUAAAAAAGUAUUUUGUAAAAAUAAUGCUUAAGUAAUGAGUACGGUAAUAUUGUGAGUAAAAGCUUAUGAUGUUUGAUUUUUUUUUUUUUUUUUUUCCUCAGCACCAAUUUAUCUUUAUGAACUGUUGUUACUAAAGAUGUCCCGAUCGAUCGGCAUCCCGAUCGGUCCGAUCACGUAAUUUUCAAAGUAUCGGAAUCAGCAAAAAAAUAUCGGACAUGCCUUUUUUUAAUAUAUAUAUAUAUAUAUAUUUUUUUUUUAUUUAAAUCGUUUUCUAGUUGUAUUUAACGUUACAGACAAAAUGUCUUGCACUCAUCCAGAGUAGUUUUGGCUGAAAGUAGGGCUAUCAAAUUUAUUGCGUUAACGGCGGUAAUUAUUUUUUUUUUUUGAUUAAUCACGUUAAAUACUUAACGCAUGCGCUGCACGACCCACUCACACAUUUUCGUGUUGAAUCUAUAAAGACGCCGUUUUACCUAUAGAUAGCGCUUAAAGGCAGCGUAUAAUUAGUAGAGAGAAUUUUGACAGCCUUUGGAGCCAUUUUUUAUGUGGCUAAAGCCUUACAAUACCUCUCUCAGCAAUUAAAACUAGCGUGGGAGGCAAUGAGGGGAAGAAAGGUAGUAGUUGAUCAUUUUCUUUACACCCUAUGUUCUUUCCCAACGCAGAGAAGAUAUAUCAAUUGGUGUCCCUACGCACAGUCAUGGUUGCACUUCCCAUCAUGCAUUUGGGCAGAAGUUAAAUGGCUGCAGUAUCAUUUACUGAAAGCUCAACAAAUACACUAGAUGGCAAUAUUUAGUCACAAUAUAUAAAGUCACAUUUAUCCUUUAAGAAUUACAAGUCUUUCUAUCCGUGGAUCCCUCUCACAGAAACAAUGUUAAUCAUGUAAAUGCCAUCUUGAGGAUUUAUUGUCAUAAUAAACAGAUACAGUACUUAUGUACUGUAUGUUGAAUGAAUAUAUUAGUCCGAGUUUUAUUCAUUUUUUUCUCUUAAUGCAUUACCAAAAUGUAUAUGAUCGGGAAAAAUUAUCGGGAAUGAUUGGAAUUGAAUCGGGAGCAAAAAAAAAAGCAAUCGGAUCAGGAAAUAUCGCGAUCGGCAGAUACUCAAACUAAAACGAUCGGAUCAGGAGCAAAAAAACAUGAUCGGAACAACCUUAGUUGUUACCAAUAUACUUGGAAGAAGAAGACUGUAACCUCAUACAAAACUACAUUAAGCCAAAGAAAUACAAAAAACAAAAAUCAUUGAAUUCUGGAAAGAGAACUAAAUUAUAGAAAUGAAGUAUCAUUCAACCAAAGAGCAUGAAUGCCCUCUAGUGGAGAAAACAUAUUUCCUGUUAUGAAACUAAAAGGAUCAUAUCCCCCGUUUUUUUUUUGUGGUCAAUCUGUGCCAAGUAAAACCUGGGAAAGAGGUUCUAUCAAGGGCAUAGGUUUGAUCUCAAUUUUGGUAGGGAUAAUAUAACAGCAUAACCUGCAUGUACACUUUUUGCUGGGGACGGGACAUUAAUAAGACCAAACAGAUUGGGUGAAUGGGGGUCAGGGCUACAUUUCUCACCAAUAUGAACCGAACUAAAUAAUAGGUAAAUAAUUAAUGCAAAAUAAAUCUUACUGUGAUUUGGAAGGAGUUUAUUCAAAAAAUUCACACAGAUUAAUGUCACGCUAACUCUGAUGCAGGUCGGACUUUCAGAAGAAAAAUUUGUGGUGUGUUCUCCACCUUCACAACAUUGAUGUCUUUUUACAUUUCUUAUAGUGGCUGUUGCUGGCGGGGAAAAAAAUCUAAUACCCCUCGUCUAUGAAGGGGGCGGAGGGGUCAUCAGUCAAUCAAACAUGCGUUUGAGGGAAAAAAAUGGACUGGCACAUUCAGCAAGUGAAAAGUCUGAACAUAAUGAAAGUACUGUAAUUUACUUAAUAAUAGUAGGGUCAUUUCUAUCCUUACAACAUAUGGGUAGACAAUCUAAAUUACCUAUAUAACUGAAGUCAUAAUAUAAUGCAAUUAAAAUUGCUCAAAAGUUGGUGGGGACAAUUUGGGGAUCCUGAAAAGUUGGUAGUGUUAUGUCCCUACCGUCCCUAUGCAAACCUACGCCCUUGGGUUCUAUGUCAAAUACUACAAUUUUUAUGGUGCUUUAGAGAUUUCACAUGAUUGAACAGACCGGCGUGAUCAUAGAACGGCAAUCUUGAGUCUGAUUGGUAUAAUGGAGUCAUGUGAUCAUUGUUGCGAAGUCUCAUUGGUGAAAAUGGUAGUGCCAUUAUUGGCAAAAAAAAAGGAAAAUCUAAUAUAUUUAAUAAAGAGGAAAAAUUUAACGACUAGUGUAGCCCAAAGUAGCGGAGUAAGAGUAGUGUUUUUUUCUUCACAAUAUGGCUUAGUAAAACUACUCCUAGAAGUACAUUUUUCCUCAAAAAGUUACUCGAGUAAAUGUAAAGCGUUACUCCCCACCUCUGCAGUACAUGUAAGUAUAUCAUUGUCAAUAGCACUGAAACAUGGUUAUUCAACACAUUGGCUGCUAUCGUCGGUACUAGACGUCCAAUCCAUUUGAAAUGGGAGGGUUGGCAGCGAAUGAACGAUCAUUCGCUGCCACCCUCCCAGUUCAAAUGGUUUGGACGUCUACUAGCGACAAACUAAUUGAUGGAUGGGUGCAUUUUGGCUAGAGGAAGAAAAAAUGUUAUUUUUUCGCUCAUUGGCUUACAUUGACGGCGCCAGACGUCCAAUCCAUUUGAAGUGGAAGUGUGGCCCCUCCCACUUCAAAUGGAUUGGACGUCUACAAGUGAUAAGCUCAUGUAAAUUCACAGCAAAAGGACGUUUAUCUUCGUCAAUGGCACUCAAAUGAUAACAUCACCACUAGAUAAUGGGAAAUCAGAUUUUUAUUCCUUCUUGGAAUGAUACUUAAUGCUGGUUGCAUUGUCGUUACAUGAUGAACAAUAGCAAAACACAGUAAAAGGGUCACAAUAACAAAAUAAUGCAAAUAUUUUUCAGUUAAGCUACAAUGGAAAAUUCUUGUUGCCCAUCUGAUUUUUUAAUGGAAUUUUACAGUGAUUAAAAGUUACAUUUUGGGAUAUUUCCAGAAUCCACCAUUUAAAAUUCCCCCUAAUUUCUCGUUUAUAGUACGCAAAAAAAAAAAAAAAAAUCAUACAAAAUUUAAAGUAAAUAUUUUUCAAGCGUACAAAAUAAAAUAUAAUACUAAAGUUCAGACUGUACAAGAGAAAUGAUAAAUUUCCAUGGAAAUUUCCGCAAAACUUUUCAGGAAAUUUGCAAAUUUUGGGGGGAAUUUUUGCUAUUCGUUAGAAAAGGGACAGACAACGCCUGGUAGUUCUGACUUUCAUGUGAAAGAAAAUUGCUUCGAGUACUUAACCCUUUCGUGCACGAAAUAUGAUUAAAUUUUUUUUUUUUUUUUUAAACCCUGACAGCCCUCAUUUAACUCAUUGGCUGCCAUUUUGACUAAGAGGGGGCGAAUGAUCCUCCCAGUAAAAAUGAAUUGGACGUCUAUUGCCUUUAAUGGCUUGCUAUGAGUUUAAUACUAUGGGGAAAAAAAUGAACUUUAGAGUUACUUGGGGCCGUAACCAGUGUGUAUGUAUUUCUGAUUUUCAUUCAUUUUAAUCUUUAGUCUUUUUUUAACAUUUAUUUAUCAUUUUAAAAAUACAGGGUGGGGCAGAGCAACUUGCUUCUUUGAAUUUGGCGCCCUGAAG